CGGUGACUCGGCAGCCCUUUCCCUUCGCGGCUGUAGCCCGCGCCAGCAGCAGCAGCAGCGGCUCGACGGCGAUCGCGCCCUGCUGGUUGCAAGCGGAGCCCUCCUCCGGCAGCUGGCGAGGGGCGGGCGACACCGAGCCACCCCAGCUCACCUCACUCCCACCUCGGGGUGCUGAGCUACCCGCGCUGGGCACCCCUUCCACGCCACCAUGACGCUCAAAUCUGGCCGGAGCGACAGCGUGAGCAGCAUGAAGACGGCGCUCUCCGACCUGUACCUGGAGCACCUACUGCAGAACAGGCCGAAGGCCGAGGCCGUGUCCUCUUCUGAAGCACCACAGCCCUUGAGAACACAAGAAUCGCCUUCCUGGGCUAGCAACAGGCCGCGUGUAGAUUGGCAGACCCAGAUAAAUGAUGCUGUAAAGCUGGCAGUUCCGAACUCACUGAAUGCAAUGACCGAGGACAUUUACACCAAUGGCUCAGCCAUGCUGGGCAGCCCAGCUCAUGCAAAUGGGCGAGAGAUGCGGAAAAUGAGGUUCAUCCAGUUUGAGAAGGUGACGGAGGAGCCAAUGGGAAUCACACUGAAGCUGAAUGAAAAGAAGAGCUGCAUGGUGGCCAGGAUCCUCCACGGGGGCAUGAUCCACAGGCAAGGCUCCCUCCACGUGGGAGAUGAGAUCCUAGAAAUCAAUGGGAAGAGUGUCGCCAACCACUCUGUAGACCAGCUGCAGAAGAUUCUGAAAGAAACCAAGGGGACCAUCUCCCUAAAGGUCAUUCCCAACCAGCAGAGCCGCAUUCCUGCCCUCCAGAUGUUCAUGAGAGCCCAGUUUGACUAUGACCCUCGAAAGGACAGCCUGAUCCCUUGCAAAGAAGCUGGGCUGAAAUUCCAAACAGGAGACGUCAUCGAGAUCAUCAACAAGGAUGACAGCAACUGGUGGCAAGGCCGGGUAGUGGGCUCCUCCAACGGAUCAGCAGGACUCAUCCCCUCCCUAGAGCUACAGGAGUGGCGUGUUGCAAGCGUGACUCAGGGCAACCCCAGUGAAGCUCAAAGCUGCAGCCCUUUUGGCAAGAAGAAGAAAUGCAAAGACAAGUACCUGGCCAAGCACAGCUCAAUCUUUGACCAGCUGGAUGUGGUGUCUUACGAGGAGGUGGUGAGGCUGCCGGCUUUCAAGCGGAAGACUCUGGUGCUUAUAGGGGCUGGUGGGGUUGGCCGGAGUCAUAUUAAGAAUGCCCUACUCAGCAAGGAUCCAGAGAAGUUUGGAUACCCCAUUCCAUACACCACCCGCCCGCAGAAGAAGAGCGAGGUGAAUGGGAAAGACUACCACUUUGUCUCCACGGAGGAGAUGACCAAAGACAUCUCCACCAAUGAGUUCCUGGAGUUUGGGAGUUACCAGGGCAACAUGUUUGGCACCAAAUUUGAGACUGUGCACAAGAUUCACGAACAGGACAAAAUUGCGAUUCUGGAUAUCGAGCCACAGACACUGAAGAUCAUCCACACAGCAGAGUUCUCCCCUUUCAUCGUGUUCAUUGCUCCCACAGACAAGGCUGAUCAGUCAGAAACUUUGCAGCAUCUUCAGAAAGACUCGGAGGCUAUCCGGAGCAGAUACGCUCAUUACUUUGACCUGUCGCUUGUGAACAACAGUGUCGAUGAGAGCCUUGAACAACUCCAGAAGGCCUUUGAAUGUGCUUGCAGCUCUCCCCAGUGGGUUCCUGUGUCUUGGGUAUACUGACCAAGCCCGGUGCUGGUAGCUCCCAGAACCCCUUCAUUACAGCAAGUCCCUGCUCUGUGGUUUGUGUCCAAUGCACAGCCCCUUUCACCCCUUCCUCAGAGCAGCUGUUGGGCUGUUACUGCCAGGGCAAGAGUCCCCAUCCUUUCAAGCUGCAAAUGCUCUCAGAAGCAUUGGGGGGGGGCUAGUGCUCAGCACACUGUAGAACCACACACAUGCGAAUUUUGCACUGGGGAGGUAUGUAAGGUGGUUAACCCUUAUCCAAGAUGAUUAAGAUGUCUUCAGGAAUGAAGUUACUAUCACCUUCUGGUGUGAAAGCCAUUAGCUGUGAAUGUUAAAAUGGGAGCUGAGCUCAGUUUUAAAUUGAACUGUAUAACCUCCGUUUAACUACCCUAAUUUCUUUGUCACUUGUGAUCUCCUUGCUGAAAUACACUGCUGCUCCUUGAAGCCCCCUACAUGUUGCACAGUCAUUUUCUGAGUGGUGGUUUCUUUGAAUUUUACACCUGUGCUCUCCCUAGUGUAGGGUAAGGAGGCAGCUAGCAAUCAACAUUGCCUUCCCCAGGCGCUUGGGCAAUUCUCUUGGGAGACUUGACUUGCCUGAACGUUUGUGCUCUAAAGCAGGAAAGGGUGCCGCUGUGAAGAACAUACUCUUGGUACCCCAGAGCAGACGCUAUUAAGUUUUAACCCAGAAGCAGAUGAUGCAAGGAGGGAACAGGUAGCUGCCCCCCACCAUUACAUCUUUGCCUUUACCAAAAACAUUUAACAGAGCACGUUUGUUCUACCGUCACUCUCCCACCACAACAUUGGAGGGGUGUUACUUAAACAAUCACCCAUUUCUAAGAGAAGAUUGUUUUAUGUAACUAGCAUUGAGGGUGUAGGGGAGCAAGCUCGGCCUGUACUUAAGCCUCAUGUCUUUCAGGAUACCAAAAUGAGCCACUGACGUGCAAUAGGGACCUUUCGUAGAGUCUAUUACAGGGAAAACAACAAACAGCAAUAAAGUAUUAAAAUGUUGUGCAA